AUGAAAUCCAGUCUUCGUAUUCCUUGCCUCUCCUCAUCCAAACUUCUAGGUACAUAUCUUCCCCCCACCCUUUCAAGUCUCCUCCCACCCCCUCUCCGCCCCUCUGUCCUCCCCGCCCUCGCCCCCUGUUCGCAUCCACCCGCGCCAGGCCCGCCGCCGCUGACCUGCAAUGGUGAACCGCCGCCGGUCGACGUCGCGCAGCCCGCGUGGACGGAGUCAGUGGUCCAUACUCCCGCCUACGCGGCUGACACACUCCCGCAGCGCCAAGCCCCCCUCCGCCGCAGUGUGUUGGGCUACGGCGGAAGCACCAGUGCCGCGCGUUGGCGCAUUUGGGGAUGCCAUGCGGGGGAACUGCCGGGAGAAAAUGCGCAACUAAUAAGGACGAGGCUGUAUUUCGAUACAGUGGUGGUACGGAAGCGGAGUGGUGGAGAUGGGAGGAGCUGGGCCGGGGGAAGCGGAGGGGUGGAGAGGGGGGGAGGAGAGCGGGGGGAGCUGGCGGACGGGGUAGCAGAGGAGGGGAAAAGGAGAGUAGCUUCUCAAUCCCAGGAUGGCACGAAAGGGACGGAUGGUGUGGACAUCUUCUUUCAAGGCGAGUUCGGGUACGAAUGCACGGGCAGCGAUGAGGAGGAGUAG